GCAAGGAUUUAAUGAAGACAACCCAAUUCCACAGUUUUUACGAAUGAUUCAUAGCCAGCUCAAGCCUGCUUACCUUCCAUAACCCUCGGUGUCCUUUAUGCCGCGCCUGACGAGUCCGGCGAUAAGCCCGCGGCGCUUCUCCGCAUUUUAGUAAAGCACCUCCCUUUGCAACUUAUAUAAGGACCGCUGCAGGGCAGGUCAGCCGCAUUGUGCUAGUCUUGUGCAUUUGGACUCGGUGUAUUAUCUAAGAAAAGAACAGAAAAAAAAAUGAUCAAAUCGAAGGACCGGCUGGUUUCUGCUCAGCAGGUCUCGCAACACGCUACACCGAACGAUUGCUGGAUCGUGGUUGAUAGGCAGGUGUGGGAUGUGACGGAUUUUCUGGAGGAGCAUCCGGGCGGUUCAGCGAUUAUUCUGAAAUACGCAGGUCGCGAUGCCACCACAGCGUACGCCGAGGUGCACUCGCCUAGUGUGCUGACGAGAAACCUCUCUCCAGAGAAAUGCAAGGGUAUGCUGGAUGAGUCGACGGUUGACGGGACAUGGGACACACCGGCGGCGGCAAAGGAUGCAGGAAAGACCGCCAUAGCUGUAGUGCCGGACGCCUCGGCCAAGCCGCCGCUGCAUACACUGAUCAGCGCGCAUGAUUUCGAGGAGGCCGCGUCGCGAACGGCGAGCAAAAAGACGUGGGCGUUCUACUCGAGCGCGGCAACGGAUCUGAUCACGCGUGAUGCGAACAAGGCGUGUUUCGAUCGGAUCUGGUUCCGGCCGCGGGUGCUGCGCAACGUCCGGGAUGUCGACACGCGGACGAGGAUGCUCGGCAUCGACAGCCCGCUGCCCUUGUUCGUCAGCCCGGCGGCAAUGGCGAAGAUGAUUCAUCCAGAUGGCGAGUGUGCAAUUGCACGGGCGUGCGAGGCCAAGGGGGUUGUACAGGGGGCCGCACCGUCGGGCAAAUUUUUCUUUCAAUUGUACGUGAACCGGGACCGGUCUAAAUCGGCCGAGCUGCUGCGGGAGUGCUCUGCGAACCCGACCAUCAAGGCGAUCUUCGUGACGGUGGACGCGGCGGCACCGGGCAAGCGUGAGGCGGACGAGCGCGUCAAAGCGGACGAGAGCAUAUCAGUGCCGAUGGCGCCGUCGCAGGCUCGCAACGACAAGAAGGGGGGCGGCCUGGGGCGGGUGAUGGCUUCUUUCAUCGACCCGGGCCUCACCUGGGAGGAUAUGAAGUGGGUGCGUGAGCACACGCACCUCCCUGUCUAUCUGAAGGGGGUGAUGUCGGCUGACGAUGCCAUUCUCGCCAUGGAAGCUGGCCUGGAUGGGAUCCUGCUGAGCAACCACGGAGGCCGGAACCUGGACACUUCACCGCCGUCGAUCGUCGUUUUGCUGGAGCUGCAGCGGCGCUGUCCGCAGAUCUUUGGCCGCAUGGAGAUCUACGUCGACGGCGGGAUCCGCCGUGGCACCGACGUGCUCAAGGCCGUGUGUCUGGGGGCCACGGCGGUGGGGAUGGGACGUAGUGCGCUGUUUGCAACCAACUAUGGCCAAGAAGGCGUCGAGCAUCUAAUUGACAUCAUCCAAGACGAGCUCGAGGUCGCGAUGCGCAACAUCGGCAUCACGAGUCUGAACCAGGCGCACCCGGAUCUCGUCCACACAGGCGACAUCGACCAUCUGAGGAUGGAGCAGUGGGGGCUGACCCCGUGA